AUGGAAGAGCGCCGAGCCGUGCGCCCAAAUUUUGCGGAAGAUGUUUAUGGAUCCGGAGCUGGAGAGAGGAGCGCGGCAGCUGUUGCGGAAAUGUCCGAAUCGUCAUUGGCGCAACGACGAUCGGCCGUCCUCCCAAAGCUCAACAAUUUGAAAAAUGACGAUGGGCCCUCGAAAAAUGAGAAGGAAAACGAAAUGCCGGCGGAACUAGGCGAUCUCGGCUUUUCCUACGCCGAUGCAGACGACUACGAGAAUGAGCUGGCUGAGCUCUACUCUUACUCUGAAAUGGAGGAUUUUGCCUCAAACGCUGUGGCAUAUCGAACGUUUCUGGAGAACACCGAGGGCGCUUAUAUGGACUUUGACGAUGAUGAUGGCGAACAAGUGAAUAACACUACUUCGAAUCCUGCUCCCCUGAACGAGAAGGAGUGCUUAAUGCAAGCAGCACGGAAUUCGUAUUUGGCAGCCGAGACGGGGCUUUUCGGACCAUUAGUGUCAAUGCUGCUCUUUGAAUUGGAAGUUCCAUACGAACCUGUCGGAUGCAAUGAUGGCCGCGAAAGCAAGGCGAGCUUCUCCUCGAAUCAUCGAGCCUCAACGUCGGAUUUGAGCGAGAGCGGCAAGAAGAAGAGAAGCGCCAACCUGGCCGACAACGAAUCGUUACGUGCCAUUCUUGCGGGCUUGUAUCAUUUGGUAGAAACCAUCAGACGCGAAGAACUGGUAGACGUGAUAAGUGAGACUGCCGAGACAAGAGCAUAUCUGCGCCGCGUCAGGAUCAACUUCUUAGAUGAAUUAGAUCACCCGAUUCCGUCAUCGGACCGUUCCCUGCUGAUUAUAAUGUGCGAUAUGAUGACUCCAUUUUAUAACGGCACGUCUCCGCAUAUUCCGGUUAAAAAGGCCUUCCUGCUCACCUGGAAAAUUCUGCUGGCCACGUUUGGUGAUUCUGCGUUUCUCCACAAAAAAAAGAGCGAAGUCCGUGCAAAACAUGGGUUGUAUGCGACGGAAGACACCCUUGAAAUAGCCCACUUCAUGCGGACUUGUGUCAUUAAUGAUGGAGAUACUGGCUUUAAUGGUGGAUCCCGACCACGGCGAAGUGUGCCCGGGCGUCUCGGUCGACAAAUGGCCUAUACGGGGCUCGAGGGCGAUGAAUCCGCCGAGUCUGACAUCCUUGGGCUAUCGUCAACGACCCCAAUUGAGGAUGAAACCCCUUCGCCGGCCUUGUCCGAAAGAACUGGUGGCCUGCCGAAGGAUGAUUCGGGUGAACGGACGCCGAUCGCUUCCUCACCUGUACACAUUCCCAUGCGAAGGUUGCCGUGGAGGAGUAAGGCGCGCAAGGAAGAUAUCGAUUGCUUUUUGCAGACGGCUCGCAAUAAAUAUCUACGGUAUGAGCUUGCUGGGGAUUUGGAGACACAUGUCGGUCUUCCGGCCCAUAUCGUGCGCGGGCUCAAGGUCUUGCAAGAUCAUCUCUAUACGUCGAUCAGUGAUAUUCAGCUCGAGCGCGAGGACGUCUACCAUCGUUACAAGCUAACCGUGAAAGAAGAGGUCGAGUUGAGCAAGGUGGAGAUGUUCUACCGUGCCCUUCUGCCAAACAUGGUCAACUAUGUGGUUGCCCUGCUGAAAGUUCUGCUGGCUGCCGCGCCAAACUCGAAGGUGCUGCAAGCGAAGAAUGAAGCUGUGAAUAUAAUCGGCACGAAUCCAUUGGAGGAGAGUGUCCGGUUGGCCAUUGAUAUCCAUCGUCACAAAGAGAUCAUUGUGAAAGCCGCGUCCGGGAUCAUCAUUUUGAUGUUGAAGCAUUUCCGCCUCAACCAUGUCUACCAAUUUGAAGCAUUCGCCCAGCAAUUAAUUUACGGCAAUGGGAUCCCGUUGAUGCUACGUUUUCUCGACCAAAAUAUGAUCCGAUAUGUGCAGUCAAGACACGAACUCCGUCCCUAUAACUAUCCAUACUGUGCCCUCUACUGGGCGCGCAAUUCGGAGACGUUUCCUACGCUCGGCGUUGACAAUAUCGAGGCUGAAGUGCCAGCGCACGGCUAUUUCCUUUGGCGGAACAUUUUCAGCGCCGUCAACAUGGUGCGAAUAUUGAAUAAAUUGACGAAGGGCAAACACGCGAGGAAUAUGAUGCUCGUCGUGUUCAAAAGUGCCCCAAUUCUGAAGCGAUGUCUGAAGAUACGAGUGCCAAUCCUGCAGCUAUAUACGCUGAAAUUGCUGAAGAUGCAGGCCCGAUUUCUGGGAAGGCAAUGGCGACGAACGAAUAUGGACAUUAUCUCGGCCAUCUAUUGUUCCGUCCGCCAUCGGCUCAUCGAUGAUUGGGCGUUUGCCAACGAUUCUCGGUCCAAGUCUUGGGAUUUCCAGGCCGAUGAGCAAUCGUUGAAGGUGUUGAUAGAACGCUUCAACUCCAGACGCUAUUCCAAGCUCUACCCGGCAUUUGCCGUCGAACAAGGCGAGGACCAAGCUUACGGCGACGAUUAUUUGGACCGCUGGGACCCGCUUGAAUACGUGGCCAAUGAUUACUGCAUACACUCUGUGCUGGCUGCGGAAAAAUUCGAACCGGAAUCCAGUUGGAUGGACAACUACGAGGCAUGGCUGGAAAAGGAAGUAUUUUCGGGACCGAUUGACUGGGAUCAGCUGCUCUUAUCCUCGAAU